UUACUCGGGGAACGUAACGAUGAAGUGACAUUUUCAGCGCAGUGCAGGGGUGUAGAGGGGUAAACUAUUGUACCUAUCCCAGUGACGUACGCAGUGUUAGUGUUCCAAUAGUGAACAGUAGCAAUACCGUUGCAAAAUUUUAUUAGCCUCUGCUUAAUGAGAAACCUCUUUACUAAGCAUGGUUUAAUUAAAAUAGCCGACAGUAUUCAAUAAAAAAGUAAAUUAGAGUGAAUUGACUUACGUGACAUGGAGGAAAAAGUACUCAACUAGUGCUGCAUGCGUAUACAUGUCAUCGGUUUCCAUACAUGAUUGAUGGGAGUUACAUCGACGGGUCGCUCUGCUGCAGAGACGUUGCAUUAUCCAUCAUUUCCAUUGGUAAAACUGUAUCCUCCUGAGCUAGGAAUCUUGAUGAGUUAUCCAUACCCACAGUUUCUUCAUUUGAUGGAUAGUACACCGGUGGAAUUAUUUGGUAGUACGAGAAUAUCCAUGUGGCUUGUUUAUUCGAGAACAAGAAGUGUCAAGUUCGGAGUCUUUUCGACUUGGAAAAAACCAUGUUUAUGAGUGCAGAGGACCUUCAACAAUUAUCGAAUGAAAAAAAACUACCAUACCGUUUAAUUCGAAAUAAGUAUUUCCAUUUUUUCAAACGGGAGUAAAAAAGUGUAAAGUUUUUAUUGUUAAUUUUAUCAACCAACGAAGGAAGAUGCCGGGACACGAUGCAACAACUCCGCCUGCUCGGCGAAGCUCACUCCCUAACGGCAAUACUGUUAGUGGAGGAGUAGGAGGUAGUAGUGGUGGUGGUGGACCAGUGGGAGAAAAUCUACAAGCUGCAGCUAAUAUAGCUGCGGCUAUUGGUCCUAUACUAAUUAAUCGUGCUCGUAACAACAAUAAUCAGAAUCCGUUAUACCACAUGCGUGAUAGAUUGUUUCACGCCCUUUUCAUCAAGGCAGCACUCGCUUAUGCAAGAAUAUUUCCAAGGCCGGUCAGAAGAUUUAUAGAAUUUGUAGUUUUGUUGAAGGCUAUAACUGCUUUUUUUGUAAUGGCGUACAUCCACAUUGUAUUCUCACGGGCACCUACAAAUUGUCUUGAGCACAUACGGGAUGAAUGGCCCCGAGAUGGUAUAUUACGAGUUGAAAUAUUGCGCAACGGCGCCGAAGAUUAUAGUAUAGAAAAAAGCUAUGCGAAAGAAGCAAAACUGAGGCAGGAGAGGGUGGAUGAUAUUAACAGCGUUCUUGGAUUAUUAGCAAGAGAUGGGUUUAUAAACAUUGAGCCUUCGGCGGUAGACGAGGAACAAACAGUUGCUGACGCUAUCAGCAAAAAUGAACAUCACAAUAUCACCUUAGCCAAUAACGUCAUUCGGAGUUCUUCCACCAAUUCCGAUGCUAUCGACAAAAAAGAGUUGACGAAUGCUACGACGACAAGCUCACUUUUGUCUACCAAGUUAUGGCCCGAGAACAAAAACGAUGAACCCAAAGAGGGGUUGUUGGGUCAUGGAAUAUUUACAUCGUCCACUGAAGGCAAGGCCAAUGUUACAGCCAAAGAAUCUGUAGAUGAAAAGGAAUCCUCUCCAGAUAACAUAAUUCAACCUUUAAAAAGUCAAGUUCCCGACGUUGAAAAAUUUGUUCAUGCAGUGUUUCCAGAAGAUGAAUACAUCGUUGAGUAUUCAUUGGAAUAUGGUUUUCUUCGUCUAUCUCCUGCUGUACGACAAAGGCACAAUAUUCCAGUCAAGAUCGUCACGUUAGAUCCGCUCAAUGAUAAAUGCUUUGGUGAUGCCUUUUCUCGAUUCAUCCUCGAUGAAUUGCUUGGCUAUGACGACUUGCUCAUGGCUAGCAUCAAAACGCUUGCUGAACACGAGGACAACAAAGGCUUCCUUCGAAAUGUUAUAACGGGUGAACAUUAUCGAUUCGUUAGCAUGUGGAUGGCCAAAACUUCAUACCUCGCGGCAUUUUUCAUAAUGCUUCUUUUUACGGUAUCGAUUUCAAUGCUGCUGCGCUUUUCACACCAUCAGAUCUUUAUAUUUAUUGUGGACCUUUUUCAGAUGCUUGAGUUCAACGUUACAGCAUCCUUCCCAGCAGCAUCUUUUUUCACAGUGAUUCUUGCUCUAGUUGGAAUGGAAGCGAUCAUGGCGGAAUUUUUCAACGAUGGAACAACAGCCUUUUAUGUUAUUCUUAUAGUCUGGGUAGCCGACCAGUAUGACGUUAUCUGCUGCCACACAGACAUCACAAAGAGGCAUUGGCUCAGAUUCUUCUACUUAUACCACUUUUGUUUCUAUGCAUAUCACUAUCGAUUCAACGGACAGUAUGGCACUCUUGCUCUCGUAACAUCGUGGCUCUUUAUACAGCAUUCAAUGAUCUACUUUUUUCAUCACUAUGAGCUCCCAGUAAUUCUUCAACAAGCACAGUUGCAACAACUUUUACUACGAAAUCAUACACCAUCUACACCUCAUCCACCAACGCCGAGCACUGGGACAUCGACACCUGGACCAUCUCCGACCCCACCUUCCUCGAGUAACCCAGCUUUUUGGUCUCCAAUGAAUGAACAAUCCUUGGGAAAUUAUAUAAGUGAAUUGCCGCAAGCCGUGCCAGAUCAAGGCGUCCCUGCCGAACGGUCGAGCACAUCAGGAAUUUACAAUUCUCGUAAUGAAAUCGCUGAAACUACUACGGCUGAAUCAUGGAGUAAUGAUACAGCAGAGGACGAUCGUCUAAGUGUAAAAACCGGAAUGAUAUCUUCAGAAACACAAGAGAAUAAAAUGAUGCCGAAUAACUUGCAGUCACAAGUUACAGACGAGACGGUGACAACACCCCCGAAAGAAGUUCCAAUGCCAGAGGUUUCUGAAGAUGUGGGGGCAUCAACCGAGUUGUUAUUAACAGAAGUAUUAGGGAAGACAAUAACAUCACCAGUGGUAACCACGGCUACUACAUCAGAUAUAAUUCCUCAGGGAACAAACAAUUUUGAAACCGAAGUAGAAUCCACAAACUCCGAGGACGCUUGAAAAAACAAGAAAGUAUUGGAUCGCUUAAACAUGGAAAGAAACAAAUACCCAAGUGACAUCAAUUGACAUUCAAAAUCGUGGUAGAAGGCUUCUUGGUACACCAGGUUGAAAAUCACGAGGGUAAUCGAAAAGGGUUCAUUUUCGACUCAUUCAAUGGCCACAAAAUUUCGGGGCCAUACCAUUUGUAUAAUUUAAUAUUUCAAGUUUACAUUCUACUCGAGAAGGAGCAUCACGCACCAAGCAUGUCAUCAUGGGAUAAACAAGAAAAAAAAUAAUAAACAAAGAAAUUCAAAAUAUUUUACUCCUGGCUGCUAUUGAAAGAUGUUAUAGAUCCGUACUCUAGAAAUUAAAGAUUAAACAUAACAGAACUGUACACCAUCUGUUAUAAAUACGAGAUUGGCGAUAUCGACAAAUAUUUGUCCCAAUGGAUUUUUAGAAUGGGUUGUAAAUCUAGCGUUACAUUGAGCUGCAUUAUAAAAUUGUAACGUGGAAAUUAGUGUAUAUGAUGUUUCAGUGUGAAGUCAGAAUGAGAAGAGAUUAUAAAAGAAACGGAAAAAAAUUGAUUUUUACCUUGAUGUUUAAAAAAUUUAUGUGAAAUUUCACUUGUGCCGUUUACAAACAUUUUUAUUCUUCAACUAUAUUUUAUCGAAAUAUAAUUUACGGAUCAUACCAUGUACGAUGCACCUUUAUUAUGGUUCAAAAGUUUAAAAAAAAAUAUCGGUAUCUCAAACUGCAUUAUUUUCUUGUCUCACCGAUUAACCGUCGGUUGUUACGAUGAGUAGAAUUUGUGAGACAUUCCAUUUUUAUAGCUAAAAAAUUAUUGUGCUUUUCUAACAAAGUAUAAAAAAUGUGAUCUUCAAUCGAAUUUUUUUUUCUAUAAUCAUACCUAGCAUCGUACCUAACCACCGAGAAUGCAUGUAAUCUUCUACCCAAGAAGCAGUAAGAACCAAAGGUGAUUUAACAUCUCAUGAUGCAGCUAAACUGAAGAGAACGAGCAGAAAGAAACAAAAAUGUAUGAAAAAAAAAAUAUUAAGAUAAAAUUGAUCGGAGAAAAAAAUACGGCCAACCAAUUGCUCACAAUUGUACAUUGAUGUGUCACUUCACAUUGGUAAAUCACGACUUUAACUACAUAUGCUAUAUUAAAUAGAUAUAUGCGCCUCUGUGAAAUAAUUUCCUCGAUAAUUUAUAUGUUACGUAAGAAAGUGGUUUGCUUAUUUUUUUUCUCGGUCGUGCAUGCUGGAAAUUAAUUGUACCGUACCUUCUAGUUAUCUGUUAACCGUUUUAACUCCAAUUGUAAUAAGUAUCAUAAUAUGUAUCAUAAUGAAUCGUCGAAUUCGUAAGGUUAUUGUUCCAAUUAUAUUUAUAAUGAUUAUUGUUCAUUUCGAUCAUUCUAUUAUUACUUCAGGGAAUAUAUAUAGACAUGGUUCGACAUUUGUUGCAUAGAUUGGGGAAAACCACUCGUUAAUAAAAAACUAAUCAGACCAGUAAUGAUAAACAUCAUUGUAUAACAUGUAAACUAGGGUGGUCGUUAUUUGGGGUAAAAAUUUAUUCUACUCGUUCCGCCCCCUAAAUCAGUUGAAAAUACAUAGAAAAACAGUGCUGUAAUUUUUUCCGAUUUUUAAAACAAUGCUUAAUCCUCGGCCACGGAGGUUGAAGUUUUGAGUUUGAAAUACAUGAGGUUUUUCUGCGUU